GCGGAACUGGACCCCACAAUGUUAAACCGGGUGCAACGGGAGUACCUGUCCCAGCAGUCAACUACCAGCCCUCCCAUCUCCCUAUACCAGACCAAACGCAACAGCGUAGUGGUGCUCAACAAGGAUACCGGAGUCCCGCAGAUAGUGAUCCAGAAGAAUGCCAAUGGUUUCGACUUAUCCAACGUCCAGACCUUCAACAACACCAGCGCCUACACGAAGCGUAAAAUACUGGCUAUGCUUCAGGAGGUGAACAAUAAGCGCACGAUUAGGGAGUGCCGCCAAUCGGACGAGGAGUUGGGGUCCGUACUCGGGAUGCAUACCUACUUCAACCAAAAAACCAAGAAUUACAAGCAAAAGUACAUGGUUUAUAAUUUUCUCAAUUACCCAAAAGGAGCCCUACGCUUCCUAUACCUGUUAGAGAAAGUCAUAAUCAUAUGGUUUUCGGGGGAAUUCAUAAUCCGGAUGUGGUCGUCGAGCUGCAAAAACCAAUACCAGGGCUGGUCGGGUAAAAUCAAGUACCUGUCGGUGCCCUCGCGGCUCAUGGAUGUCAUCGUCAUCACCCUAUCGCUGGUGGUGUUGACGAUCAACCCAUCGAGCGGUCACGAGGUGUUCGCGGCGUCGGCUUUCCGCGGGUUUCACCGCUUUUUUCAAGUCCUACAGAUACUGACCCUCAAUAAGCAACUGCAGCCCUGGAAGGUGCUGUCCUCGGUCAUCUACGACCAGAGGGAGCAGUUGUUUAUCAUAUUUUACAUCGAGUUCAUAGUGUUGUGUAUAUUGGCGUACAUUUCUUAUAUCGUGGAGAAGGAUGAGAACCACCAGUUCGACAGCAUAGCGGAGGCCAUGUGGUGGGCGUUGGUUACCCUAUCGACGGUUGGCUACGGGGAUAAAGUGCCGAUGACAUGGCUGGGCAAACUAAUAUCCAGCUUAUUCACCGUACUGGGGGUGGCCAUAUUCGCCUUACCCGCGGGCAUCAUCGGCACCGGACUGGCCCUCAAAGUGGAGGAGGAGGAGCGCAAUCAGCAGCGAAAGAAGAAAAAAGUGGCCGCGGCCAUUUUGAUCCAGUGCAUGUGGCGGUGCUACAAGGCUAACGCCAAUUAUGUAGCCGUUUCCUCAUUUUUUAAGCACAAACCCAUGGAUUUGUUCAAAAAACAUGACUACGAGAACAUUGCCAACAAAUUUGUCCGGCUGACCAAGUUUUUCAUAGCCAAACAACGGUUCAAGGAACUCCUACGGCCCCUGGACAUCAAGAAUGUGUUGCAAAGCUAUAAGGACGGGCAGCUGGAUGUGAUGAAUAAGGUUAAGCUGAUCCAGAGGUCGGUGGACAGUAUUGUCCGUAAGAUUGGCGCUAAUGAACAGCGGAUUUACGGCGCGAAUACGUGUCUGGAGCGCAAGAUUGAGAGACUGGAGGUGACACUGAUGGCCAUUAUGGCGAGGGUUGACAGUCAGCUACCGGUGAUGGAGGGUAUCUCCCGGCGACUGAUCCGUAGCGAGCAGUUUGUCGACUACGUGCUGGACUCCCAGUCCUCCGGUACGGCCACCGAUGGCCGACAAAGUUGUAGUAAUUUUGUGAAUAAUACCAAUAGUUAUAGUAAUAAUAAAUUUUGUGAUAAUUCAAUGAGUCUUAGGAGGAAUUCCGUGUGA